UCCGGGAACCACCCUCUGAAUCCCACUAGCGCCUUUUCGCCGCCGCGGCCGACGGAGCCCCCAGCUCGUUCGCCGGUCCGUUCGUCUUCUCGCCGGUUACUUACACAUCUUGGGCCUUGGAGAGGCGCUACUGGAAUCAGAUUCUUGUAGCGCGGAGGAGGCCGCACUCGGAAUUUUGUUUCGGCGGCGAGUCGGAUCCAAAGCUCGAUUCAUUUCCGGAUUUGAACUGCCCCGAGUCCCAGCACACCGCAAGAUUCCAGUUUUCUGGAUUCGGAUUUGGAUCUCCGUCACCGACUUGAGCAGGCCCUCUGUUGGUUUGUCUUUCUUGCCUAUAAGUAUCGCCGGAGCCCCGAUGGAGGCCUGUAUCUUAAUAAGGAGCUUACGGAGCUUACGGCAUCUAGCUAGGCACCCGACGAGUUUGUGCUCUCUCAUCUUCAGAGCUUUGGCUGAUCUGAUGGGACUUUCCCCCAGUGUACUCAGCAAAUUCAGAGGAGACGCACCGCCCAUGGAGAAUAUGGUGGGCAAAUCGCCGGAGCCGGAGCUGCCACCGGAUAUGCUGUCGAGCAUCUUUGCCCUCCUCGAGGUCCCUGACCUCGUGCGCGCAGGCUCUGUCUGCUCCUCUUGGCGGUCGGUGUACACCGGACUACGCCGUCAGCUUCUGAAGCACAAACAGCGCCAGACGCCUUGCCUCCUCUACCACACCUCUGAAUCUACUGGAGAGAAUGCAGCUUGCCUCUACAGCCUUGUGGAAAAGAGGGCCUACAAAUUAACCCUCCCUGAUCCACCCAUCCGCAGUAGGUAUCUGAUUGGCUCUUCGCAUGGUUGGCUGAUCACUUCCGAUGAGAGGUCCGAGCUGCACCUUGUAAAUCCAAUCACUGGUGAACAGAUUGGUCUCCCGUCAGUGAUUACUCUUGAGCAAGUCAAGCCGGUCUUUGACGAUGAAGGUGCUAUUCAUAAGUAUGAGUUAUGGAAGCCACGGUACACUGCACUUGCAGAAUUCCUUGGUCACGAGCCCUCAAUUUAUGCUCUCGAUGAGCUCCGUGACCACCUCUACUUCAAGGCAUAUUUGUUUCCUGAUUCGCAAACAGGAAGCUACAUUGUGGUCCUCAUUCAUAAUCCAGAAUAUCAGAUUUCAUUUGCAAGGGCAGGGGACUGUGGGUGGACAUUUCUACCACCGGGUUGGAACUAUCAGGAAUGCAUCUACAAGGAUGGUCUACUGUAUGCAGUGACAGGAACUGGAGCAGUUGAUGCUUUUGAUCUCUCUGGUUCUACUGUCACAAGGACGACGGUUCUGGGUGACAUGAAGCAUUAUAUUUGUGAGCACAUAUACAUUGUUCAGGCACCGUGGGGCGAUAUGCUGCAAGUUUGGAGGGAACAGCCCACUGUAGAUGGUGAUGCUGGUUCAGAGAACAUAGAGGAAACCAGCAAAAUAUUUGUAUAUAAGAUUGACAUGGCAGCAAAAAAGCUUGUGGAAAUAAAUGGCUUGCAUGGCCAUGUGUUGUUUCUUGGGCAUAGCCAGACACUGUGUCUCAGUGUGGAAGAAUAUCCACAAUUGAAAGCAAACUGUGUCUACUUCACUGACGAUGAAGAAUAUAUUUCGAUGUAUAAGAAUCUUCAUCGUGAUAUAGGCGUUCUAAAUUUGGAAAACAGCAGCAGGGAAGAAAUUGUGCCUCGGAUUUAUUGCACCUGGCCAAAUCCCAUAUGGAUUGCACCCAGUCUUAGAAUGAUGCACUCGGGAUUGAUGUAACUGUGUUCAAUGCUAUGACAAUGGAGACAUGCUCCAUUUAUAUUUUAUUUAUCAAAUCAAUAAUAUAAAUAUUUUUUGCCA